AUGCCUUUUGAGAAGCCUAUUGUUGUUGUUACUGGUGCUACGGGCGGCCAGGGCGGCUCAGUGAUUGAUGCAUUGCUCGAGUCCGGACGUUAUCAAAUUCGUGCCGUCCUUCGCAAUCUCACCCCAGCGAAAACUCAGCCUCUACGUGACCGAGGUGUUGAGAUUGUCCAUGGUGAUCUUAAUGAUGAAGCCAGCUUGGUGGAGGCCUUCAGAGGAGCACAUGCUAUCUUUGCCGUGACCGAUUUCUUCGAGCCAUUCAUGAAAUACGGUCCACAGGAGGCCGAGAAGCGUGAGUUAGCCCAGGCAAAGAACCUGGCCAAGGCCGCUGCUGAGACUAGCGGGUUAUCUCACUACAUCUGGUCAACCCUUCCAUCGUCUGCCACACUGUCCCAGGGAAAAUACCACACGCCGCACUUUGAAUCAAAGGCCAGUGUUGAUGAGUAUAUCCUGAAGCAAUUCCCUGAUCUUGCAGCCAAGACUACUUUUCUCUGGGUUGCUUACUACGCGUCCAACUUAACGUUCCCGCUUUUCACUCCCAGUCUGCUCAAAACCAGUGGCAAAUACGCCUGGGUGCAACCGGUUGGACCAUCUACUCCAAUUACCACUAUUGGAGACCAUCGAAAGAAUGUGGGAAUUUUUGUCGAGGCGGUUCUUAGACAGCCAGCGCUUACUCGCGGAAGGUAUGUUCAUGCAGAGGUGGAAACACUCACCAACGGAGAGCUACUCGAGCGCUGGGGAAAGGUCACCGGCAAGCCAACCUCUUAUGUCCCAAGUACACUAGAGGCGUAUAAUCAGCUGUUUCCAGCCUGGGGGUUGGAGAUGGGCGUGAUGUUGCAAUUUUGGGAAGCCGUUGGAGAGGCCUCGUGGAGGAAACCGGGCGUCAUGCUUCUGCGCAAGGACGAUUUGGGCAUUGAUACUGCACAUCUCACUGGGCUGGACACUGCUUUUGCGCAAAUUGAUUGGAACCAGCAUAAUCCUGAGAUUGAUUGGUUCCCCGUCUCCACGGUGCGCUGGGCAUUCAGUCACAAGCGGAGUAAGCCGGGACGGACCAGUGAUACUAUUACUUUACUUUCUCUGGUUGCCUAUUACCCCUUUGCCAUUGCCUCAACUUCCAAAAUGACCCCACUUCAACAACCGUUCACCUCCCCUUCUUUAACUCUCAAUCACCGCGUUGUCCUAGCUCCUAUGACCCGGAUGCGCUCCUCAGACAUCACAGCCAUCCCAAAUGCCUCCUCCGCAACAUACUACGCUGAACGCACGACCCAAGGCUCACUCCUUAUCUCGGAAGGAACGGUCAUCCACCCACGUGGGAAAGGAUUUCCGAAUACUCCUGGUCUGUGGACUCAUGAACAAGCCUUGGCCUGGAAGCCUAUCACGGACGCUGUCCAUGAACGCGGGGGUAUAUUUUUUGUGCAGCUCUGGCACGUCGGACGAGUUUCAGUACCCAGUCAGAUUGGUGGGUUAGCGCCAUUGAGUUCCACAUCAGCACAUUUGCCGGGAAUGCAUAUGUUAUUCGGGGAUAAAAAUGGUACAGAGCCCUACGUGGAGAGUCACGCAAUGACAGGGAAAGAUAUCAAAGAGGUCGUGGACGCAUUCGCGCAUGCGGCGCGAUUAGCCGUUGGAAUUGCUGGUUUUGACGGCGUCGAGAUCCACGGGGCGAAUGGUUAUUUGCUUGACAGCUUUGUGCAUGAUAAUAUCAACACCAGGAACGAUGAGUACGGGGGUCCGGCAAUUGAAGCAAGACUCAAGUUCCCACUGGAGGUUGUGGAUGCGGUUACUCAAGCCAUUGGGAAUCACCGGACCGCUAUUCGCCUCGCGCCGUAUCAUGUCCUUCAGGAGACGCAUGAUAGUGAUCGAUUGGCUACAUUUUCCGCGUUCUCGAGGUCACUGGAGGAGAGGAAACUUGCAUAUGUGCAUGUGGUGGAGCCGCGAUAUGACCAAUUAAGUAACGAAGGGGCCUUUUCUGGAAGCAUCAACAGGGAAAACAGUGCGGAGUCAAUCUCGUCUGCAUUGUCGGUUUCUAUUUGGCCAUUUCGACGUCUCCUGAAAAAUACUCCGCUCAUCGGCGCAGGUGGAUACGAUGCAGAGUCGGCUAAUGAGGCUAUCGCGGAAGGCCGUAUUGAUUUGGCUGCGUUUGGUCGGUAUUUUACUUCAAACCCAGACCUGCCUGAACGGCUUUUUAGAGGACUUCCCUUGAGCAGGUAUCAUCGACCAACUUUUUACACGUCUGGUUUGGAAGGUUAUCUGGGGUGGCCGCGCUGGGGCAAUUCUUUAAAUGGCGAAGAAGAGGUGGCUAAGCCAUAUUUAAAGCCCUGA